AUGUCGGAGACGACACAAAGUCCUGAAGAUGCUGCCGCUCAGCGAGCUGCUGAACAAGCGCGUCUUCGGAAGGAACGCCGUGAAGCCAAGCUCAAAGCCGGGGGUUCUGCAAGGUUGAACAAGAUUACUGGUCUUGGAGGUCGUGUCCCAGGAGAACCAGAACCCACCAAUCCGUCUUCCACCAUGGCUGAUGCCUCGACACCAGCACCUGCGCCAGCACCCGCUGCUUCAGCAUCCGGUGUGUCUGCCACCGCCGACCAUGCCGACCCAGAAGAAGUCGAUAUUUCAGAUCACUACUACGAGCCGAAGCGGACUGCAAAUUCGCGAACGAAUGCGCCUGAAAUCACAGAACCCGCCAUCUCAGAGGACCAGCUACGGCAGAUGAUGCUUGGCUUCGAGCGUGGCAAUGGCAGCGGCACCGCUAGCCCUGCACCCGGAGCAGCUGAGGAAGAUCCCAUGAUGAGGAUGAUGUCCCAGCUGAUGGCUGGUGCUGGUCUUCCUGCUGGCUCGAUGCCUCCCUUUCCUGGUGUGCCAGGCAUGGCGCCCGGCCAAGGACCCCCAGUACCGCCCACAGCCGUCCGCAAUAGCGCCUCUACAAACCUCUGGCGUCUUCUCCAUGCCCUUGUAGCUCUCAGCUUGGGCUUCUACAUCGUCAUACUUACCCCCUUCACUGGCAGCAAGAUUGAGCGUGAGCGUGCCGCCCUUGCAGGCACAACACCCGCCGAUCCGCUUACUGCAGCUGCUGAGCCUGAGCUUGAGACGGAACUGGAGCACCGCAAGAAGCUGUUCUUUUGGACAUUUGCCACAGCUGAGUCGCUGCUACUCACAACUCGCUUCUUUCUGGAUAGGAGAGGCAGCCCCCCUUCUGGCAUUGUGGGUACUGUGGUGCAAUUUUUACCCCAGCCUGCCAAGGGAUAUGUUGAGGUCGUGAUGCGUUAUGGCCAGAUAUUUACCACGGUGAGGAGUGAUAUACUAGCCUGUAUUUUCGUGUUGGGGGCUGUUGCUUGGUUCAAGGGAUAA